UCCGUUCCUCCAGACAGCCCAGGGCGGCCGGGGGGAAAGGGGGUUCAAGCUGGAGGAGAGGAGAGGAACCCUGACCCUGACCCAGGGUCCUUGUGUCCCCCGGGCCGGUCCUGGCUGAGAACAGGGGCUGCUCCCAGGACCCCCCACCUCCACCCCCCUUAGACGGGAGCCGUAGAACCCAGGCGGCGGGAGCACCAUGCCGAGGUCUUUCCUGGUCAAAAGCAAGAAGGCUCACAGCUAUCACCAGCCCCGCUCCCCGGACCGGGAUUACGCCCUGAGGUCGGACCCUGCGGUGCUGGCGCGCAUCCAUCCAGACGGCCAGAUGCCCCCGGGGCCGAGCCGGGACGGACGGUGGCCGCAGCCCCCGAGUCGUUUCUCCCCCGAGACCCUCCUGAGAGAGACCCCCGACGGCGUCUCGACCUCCCCCGCCAGCUGCCAGGGCAGUGUCUGCGACGGCAGUGUCUGCGACCGAGCCUCCGAGCUGGAGGAUUUCUGGAGACCCCCCUCCCCGUCGGCAUCUCCAGCUUCGGAGAAGUCGGCGUGUCCUUCCCUGGACGAGGUCCAGCCCUUCCUGGCCUUCAAGCCGUACGCCUGGAGCGGGCUGGCGGGCUCCGAGCUGCGGCACCUGGUGCAGAGCUACCGGCCGGGCCCGGGGCCGCGGGCCGGGACGCCCCCGGGGCUCUACGGGCCGGAGCUGGGUGCGAAAGCCGCGGCUGCCACGGCGGCGGCCGGCACGGGUGCCGCGGGCGUCUUCGGGCUGUACGAGCGCCCCCCGGCGGCGGCGGCGGCGGCGGCGGCGGCGGCGGCCGGGAUCUACGCGCGGCCCGACGAGAGCGCGCCCGCCAAGGGGGCGGGGGGGGGCGGCGGCCUGCUGUGCACGCGCCUGCUGCUGGAGCCCGGCUCCUACAAGUGCGUCAAGUGCGGCAAGGUCUUCUCCACGCCGCACGGGCUGGAGGUGCACGUGCGCCGCUCGCACAGCGGCACCAGGCCCUUCGCCUGCGACCUCUGCGGGAAGACCUUCGGACACGCCGUCAGCCUGGAGCAGCACAAGGCCGUGCAUUCGCAGGAGCGCAGCUUCGACUGCAAGAUCUGUGGCAAGAGCUUUAAGAGGUCGUCCACGCUGUCCACCCACCUGCUGAUCCACUCGGACACCCGGCCGUACCCGUGUCAGUACUGUGGCAAGAGGUUCCACCAGAAGUCGGACAUGAAGAAGCACACCUUUAUCCACACAGGUGAAAAACCCCACAAGUGCCAGGUUUGUGGAAAAGCAUUCAGCCAGAGCUCCAACCUCAUCACCCACAGCCGCAAGCACACGGGCUUCAAGCCUUUCGGCUGUGACCUUUGCGGAAAGGGCUUCCAGCGCAAGGUGGAUCUGAGGAGGCAUAGGGAGACGCAACACGGAUUGAAGUGAAAUGCCACCACUCUUUGGAAAGCACCAACAACACUAUUCUCUCCUUCUCUCUCCCCCUCUUGAUCUGUCAUUCUCUUCUCUCUCUCUUUCUCUCUCUUUCUCUGUCCUUCCCUCCCUUCCCCUUCCGCUCUCCCCUCUCCUCCCUCCAUCUCCUUCUUCCCCCGCCAGCCCAUUUCACUCGCCAUUGCUUCUCUGGACGAUCGGAACUCUUUAGCACUAUCGUUACCUCCUCUGGACUGCCCGGAAGGAACGGCAGCAAGUCUUUUCAAGCUCGGCCUGCAGUUCGAACCGAAGGGCUCGAUGCGUUUUGGAAACACUGGAUCAGUCUAAACUCCCGAAACCACAGAUUCAAGCGGGGUCAGGUGCAGCCCUGCCCAUCCCUCUCUGUCCCCCCGUCCCUUAAAAAAACUCCGUAGGUUGGAGGGAGAGGAAGAUGCAGGUGCGCGAGGUGUUGUAACAUUUACUGAGGAAGUGCGAAUUAAAGUACCGUCCAUUUUGCCUUUGUGGAGUUUCCAGUGUUGGCACGAUUUUCCUUCGGGGUCACGGUGGAGAGCCAACCCUCAGUGCGUUUGCUGUGUGAUUUUGGACGUUGACCUCGACAAGGCAUUGCUUCUUUGACAAACUCCAGGAUGCACCUCGAGAGCUGGUUCCGGGUCAGGGAGGGAGAGAGGUUCGUCGGAAGGGAGGACGAGAGUUUCUCUGUUGGAAGAGGGGGAGAUCUGCGAAGAAGUUCUCAGGGAGAGUCCAAACCAGAGCAAAACCUAAACCCUAGAAAUGUCCAUCAGUGGCUGCACGGCCCCCAGCCUCCCCGCCCCCCCCAGGAUGCGGAGAGCUGAAGAAGAGAUGCCCGGGAGGUGGAUGAACCAUCCAUUUUGGCACUAUCGAUUUUGUCACGAGUAACUGGAAAGUAGCUAAAAGGUUACUUAUAAGACUUGUUUGUACAUUUUGGUUUUUUAAAAAAUUUUUAUUCUUAAGCUGUUCUUUGACCUCUAGGUUGGCAGGAAUGUGUCAUCGAUCUAUUCUGCCUUAAACACUCUUGCACCGACCUUAGAGAGAAAAUGUGGUGUUUUUAUUUGGACAACGUUUGUAAAAUGCCUUUAUUUAGACUUUAUGGAGUGUAUUAUGUUUAUUGAUACAUAUUUAUUAGAGUCAUGUUCUAAGUUAAUAAAGUAUUGAGUAUCUUA